CACAGUGUGCUACAGCCAGUGUUCACUGUUCAUUGAUCACGAUAAGUCCACUUUCUAAAAUGCAGGUUUAUUCUCGCCUUCCGAAAUGUGGCUGCAUUUUCCUACUAUUGGCUGUCUUUGUAUUCAUCUCAAUGAUAUAUGUCAUGGACAUUCUCGAGUUCAAAGGUGUCUUCGACAGAAAAUCCACCACACUCACAGCCGGCCAGCGCCUGCUCGCGCUCAAACAAGAUGCGCUUAUGACCCUGUGUGUCCGGGUGGACGACAGAGUGCGCGCACACCGGAGCGCACACACACGAACGGGACAGGAAUCACUGGAUUGUCACUGGACCUCUCCAGCCGGCUGCGGGCCGCGCGACUCCGACACCUGUGAUGAGGAGGAGCCCAUGCAGCUUGGACACUCACGGCUGACACCUGCGGAGCACCAGCGCCGUCUGGCCGCUGUUUCAGAAGAAAAUAAACACCACCUACAUCAUCCCCUACCCAACAGCUGCCAUUGUAACUCAACCUGUUGACAUACAUCACAACUUCUGCAAGUUAAAACCACUGUCCCCUGAGGAGACUCUUGAAGAACAACUUCUGCUAGAGUCCAUUGCUUGGCCUGAAACCCCAUCUUUACCAUCACCUCUUUUUAUGAACAGCAGCAGUGAUCCAGCCCACAGCACCUUCACCAUUCUCCCCAGGAAGAGAGAGGGACAGUGGCAAAUAGGGGAUAAACUGGAGGCCCUGAUCAAAAUAUAUGACUUGAUGGGCCGUCCAAAGAAGUAUGGAGGAGACGUCUUACUUGCCCGGCUGCACAACCCCACCCUUGGUGCUGGUGUUGCAGGGCAAGUGGUGGAUCAUCUCAAUGGUUCCUAUUCUGCUGUAUUCUCUUUACUCUGGGAAGGAAGCGCACAGGUUGAGGUGACACUGGUUCAUCCCAGUGAGGCAGUCACAGAGCUGCGCAGGGUGAACAUAGAAGAACCCGACAGGAUCUACUUCAAGAGUCAGUUCCGCUCGAGCUUGCUCACUAGAACAACCACCUGCAACGUAUGUCUACGUCCAACCCAACCUGUGUGCAACUACACUGAUUUACGUACAGGUGAGCCAUGGUUCUGCUAUAAGCCAGCAAAUAUGAGUUGUGACACCAGGAUCAGCAACUACAAUGGAGGUUCUAAAGCAAGCCUGACAACCAUGGAGAAGCUUUUUCAGAGCGGCAUAAACAUGAAAGUCCCCAUUCCAGCUUCAGGACCUGCCAAUGUCACUGUUUUUCCAAAACAGAAAGGUCAGUCAGAGGUGAACAGCAGCAGUGUGGAGUCUGAACCGUCUGGCUAUUACUACCAGGGUGUGUGGCGAGCACUAGGUGGCACCACCGUUCAUCAGUUCAACACUUCCUCAGCCAUCACUCAGUGUCUGAAAGGAAAGCAGGUCUAUAUGUAUGGAGACUCCACAAUGAGGCAGUGGUUUGAGUACCUUAAUGCAGCACUGCCAGAUCUAAAGGAGUUUAACCUGCAUAGCCACAAAUCAAUCGGACCUUUAAUGGCUCUGGACUAUGCAAAUAACAUCUUUGUGAGGUAUCGCACCCACGGCCCUCCUCUACGUACUGUCAGUGUCCCAUCCAUGGAGCUGCAUUAUAUUGCCAAUGAGCUGGACAAUGUGGUUGGAGGCAGUAACACUGUAGUAGUUUUUGGCAUCUGGGCACACUUUGACAAUUUCCCUAUUGGGUUCUACAUCCGUCGACUGAUGUCCAUCCGCAGUUCAGUGGUACGGCUACUGUCCAGGGCUCCAGGCACAGUGGUUGUCAUUCGGACUGGAAAUCCCAAACCUUAUACAAUUCGUGGUGCAUUUGUCAACAGCGACUGGUACACUUUUCAGCGGCUAAAGGCACUCAAGGCUAUAUUCAAAGGAUUGAAUGUCCAUCUGGUGGAUGCCUGGGAGAUGGUUCUGGCCCACCAUCUGCCACACAGCAUGCACCCUCAACCUCCAAUUAUCAAGAACAUGAUUAAUGUUCUGUUGUCAUACAUAUGUUCUCCAAAGGGUGGAUAGAUGUGUUUCUGUACUCCAUGUAUAAACAUAUUCAAUCCUCAUCUAAUCUAUCUACUUCACUCUUCACAGUGCAGUUUAUGAAGACAUAACUCCAGUUUUCACAGUUCCACUGUGAUGUCAACUCUUGGCUUCUCCUUAGACUUCAGUUGGGGCUUUUAUAUUAAUGCUUUUAUAUUUACUGAGGGAAGAACAAUUCUGUUACCCCUUUUGUAUUUUCUGUUUCUUUCAGUAUUCAUAAUAUUAAAUCAAAAUCCAUUUCAAAAAUUCAGUUUUACUUUUUAGUUAUUAUACCAAACAUAAAAUAGUAACAUGAGGGGGUAAAAAUGAAAAACAACCAGCAAAGCUGACAUGUUCCAGUGUGUUCCUAAGAUGGAAAGAACCUGAAAUAUUAUGCUGUCUCUAAAUGUGAUUUUAUGUAAUUAUGUGUUUCCAUUGUGCUGGUCAACCAAUUACAUCACUCGGAUUUGGUGCUUCACUGAAGGUUCAACCCAUUUUAACUUUUUAUAUGCCUCGUUGUCAGUGUGAAGACAGGCCGGUAAGGAAGCGGGCCAAAGUUAUUCUCCAAAUCUGUGUCACAGCUUAUCGAUCCCCCCACCAGCCAUACUUGGCUGCCACUCCCUGAGCCUGGUGCUGCUGCAGGUUUCUUCCUGUUAAAAGAGGGUUUUUCUUUCCCACUGUUACCAAAUGCUUAUUCAUAGAAGCCGUUUAAUUGUUGGGAUUCCUCACUAUGUGUUUAUUAUUGCAGGGUCUUUACCUUACAAUAUAAAGCACCUUGAGGUGACUGAUCUUAUGAUUUGUCACUAUUUAUCCUCCUUGUUUGAUACUAAGUGUGCAUGUUUUUUAGGCUGAGCAAACAAAACUGCUGGAUAACAGGAUCAGUGGGAAUUUAACAGGCUGUGAACAAUCAACAUAACUCUAUUGUUUUAAGUCCACCCAGCUGGUUAUUAUGGUUGACUGCCAGCCCUGAAUUUGUUUCUUGAUUUUGCAAAAUUUUGUAAUUCUGUGUCUGAGAAUGCCUCACACACUUUCUUCUUUUGUUUCCACAUUGCAAACUACUUGGGAACCAAAGUGUUUUUUUUUUUCCUAUUCACUGAAUUUAGCUGGAGAGAACUGGUGAUUAAUAAAACAUAUUUGUUUUUGUUCUAAAUAAACUGAAGUAUCUGGGACUUGAUUUGUUGAGACUUGACUUGAGUGUGAAGUAGUUUUUCCUUUCCUCUUGCAUUGUGCUUGCUAAUUUGUGUCUGAAAGGUGUUUGGAAAAUGUCAUGUGACUAUGUGGUGCAUGAAUUAUUUGGAGAGCUUGUCCUGAGUUGAUUUUUUUAAAAUCAUUUUCAUAAUAUACAGAUAGAUGCUGAUUAUUGUUACACUAGCUUGCCAAUUAUUUCCAGAAGUGAAGUUAAAUAAA